AAACCAAAACAAGAGCAACAUUGUGAACAACUCCCUUCAUCACGUUGCCUUACCUUCUCGUCUUCUUCCUUCUUUCUUCUUCGCCUUUUGUUCAACUCCCUCUCUUUUUCGAAUACAACUCCAGAUUCUUUUAAACCCCCAAAUUCUAGGGUUUCUGUGCGUUUUCUUUGCUCAGAGAUCCUAAUUUGGUAAUUCUCUGUCUUCUCUUUAUUCAGUGUCUCCUUUGGGCUUUUGUUCACCAUGUCAAGUUUGGAGGAGCCACUCGGUUUUGACAAGCUGCCUAGCAUGAGUACUAUUGAUAGGAUUCAGAGGUUCUCAGCUGGUGCUUGUCGGCCUAGAGGAGAAGAUAUGGGCAUGGGAACCUGCUGGAUUGAAGGGAGGAGUUGCAGCACAUCUAAUAGUUGUGAUGAGGAUUAUGAAGAAUACACAGGGGAGGCAUUCCCAUGGAGAAGACAUGUGAGGGAUGUGUCUGAAGGUGAAGCGUUCAACAGAAGGGCUUCAAGUCUAAGCAAGAAUCGCAUGAAAUGCAGACAUGUUUGUGACUCGAGGUAUUUGCCAGAUCUUCAGUAUAGGUCCAAGUGCAAUGGCAGAGGUGUACGAGGCAUAACAAAUAAGUUUUUAAAAGAUAUACCAAAGUUUGUGAAGAUAGUAGAAGUUGGUCCGAGGGAUGGAUUACAAAAUGAGAAGAAUAUUGUACCUACGUCUGUAAAGGUUGAAUUGAUUCGGAGAUUGGUGUCUUCAGGGUUGACCGUUGUUGAAGCUACAAGUUUUGUGUCUCCUAAAUGGGUUCCUCAGCUAGCAGAUGCAAAAGAUGUAAUGAAAGCAGUUCGUGACAUGGAGGAUGCCAGAUUGCCCGUUCUCACUCCUAAUCUAAAGGGCUUUGAAGCAGCUGUUGCAGCGGGUGCAAAAGAAGUAGCUGUCUUUGCAUCUGCUUCUGAGUCCUUUUCAAAGUCAAACAUUAAUUGUAGCAUCGAAGAAAGCCUUGUCCGCUACCGUGCUGUCUGUGCUGCUGCUAAGGAGCUUUCAGUUCCUGUUCGUGGGUAUGUAUCAUGUGCGGUUGGAUGUCCAGUGGAAGGAGCAAUUCCUCCAUCGAAAGUGGCCUAUGUGGCAAAGGAACUUUACAAUAUGGGUUGUUUUGAAAUUUCCCUUGCUGAUACAAUUGGAGUUGGCACCCCUGGUACUGUGGUUCCCAUGCUUGAAGCAGUAAUGGCGGUUGUUUCUGCUGAAAAGCUUGCUGUCCACUUCCAUGACACUUAUGGGCAAUCUCUUCCAAAUAUAUUAGUUUCUCUCCAGAUGGGGAUUAGCACAGUGGAUUCAUCGGUAGCAGGUUUGGGUGGUUGUCCGUACGCCAAGGGAGCUUCAGGGAAUGUUGCCACUGAGGAUGUGGUGUAUAUGCUUAACGGCCUUGGUGUCAAAACAAACGUGGAUCUGGCGAAGCUCAAGUUGGCUGGGGAUUUCAUCAGCGACCAUCUGGGUCGCCAAUCUGGUUCCAAGACCGCUAUUGCUUUGGGCCGGGUAACAGCCGAUGCCUCCAAGAUAUAAAGAAAAUACCUAUAAUUAUAAUGGAAUAAUUCUAUCCAGAUCCGAUGAUCUCUGCUCUAGCUAGCAAAAAGGGGAACAUGGUUCAUUGCACGGUGUGUUCCUUACAUUGUAUAAUGCUAUAGAAAAUAAAAGAAACCUCAAACCCUAUACUUGGUACUAAUCGUUAUUUUGGGAAUGGCAGAUAUAAUAAUAUUAUUAUUUUGUUAAAAGUA